AAAUAGUUGCAUAAAACCGAGAAUUUGCUUGCUUUUGAGCUCUUUCUCCCUGCACCUGGAAAAUUGAGGGAGAAUCGGCCCCUUGAAUUCGACCUACUCUGUUGUAAUGAAGUAGAAUCAACAUGGGUCAUUUUCAUGGGACAUUUUCUUGAUUUGGGGAUUCUUGUACUUAAAUCUUUAUUGAAGGUACAAAUAAUUGCGAAUUUAUAUUUCGAUCAGAAUGGAAUUUGUAAUUGAGAAAGGUGAUCGAUUUGAAGCAAAGGCCACACAAGUCAUCUCAUUAGCUUCAAUUGAUUUAAUCCUUGGUAGCCUGGAAAAUGAACAUAAGAAGACGUUCGAAGCUUCCUGCUUUGGGCAAUUUGUUGGAAUGAGACGCAUUAAGUUCUCUGGUCAACUUAUACACCAGUUGCUGAAUAGGCUAGUUAAGUGUGACAAGGAGGAUGAGUUAUGGUUUUGUUUCAGAGACAAGCCGGCUAGGUUUUCAUUGAAAAAAUGGGCCCUAAUAACUGGCCUGAAUUGUGGAACUGGUCCAGACGCAAAGCAUAUGGAAUAUGUUAGACGAACAAAUAGGUUGUUAUAGCGUUACUUCGAGGGCAAGAGCCACAUCACUACGAAGGAGUUGGAAGUUGCAUUUGCAAAAU